UCCACAGUUGUGAGGAACCAGGAACAUGGGAAUAGUGGUACAAGCUGAGUCCAGUGUCCUAGUCUGGGUGGCCUGUCUAUUCCUGGCAUUUCCUGCCACAGUCACUGGACCCAAAGUCACUCAGCCUGAAGUGGACACCCACUUGGGUCGUGUGCGAGGACACCAGGUGAAUGUGAAGGGCACAGAGCGCCUAGUGAAUGUCUUCCUGGGCAUCCCCUUUGCUCAGGCACCACUGGGGCCUCUCCGGUUCUCAGCCCCACGCCCAGCACAGCCCUGGGAAGGUGUGCGAGAUGCCAGCACCAAUCCUCCAAUGUGCCUGCAGGAUACAAAGAGAAUGAACAACAGCAGAUUCACCCUAAAUGGAAAGCAUCGUAUCUUCUCUAUCUCCGAAGACUGCCUGAUCCUCAACAUCUACAGCCCUGCUGAGGCCACUGCAGGGGCCAGGAGGCCGGUCAUGGUAUGGAUCCAUGGAGGCUCUCUAGUAGUUGGCUCUGCCACCUCUCAGGAUGGAUCAGCCCUGGCUGCCUAUGGGGAUGUGGUGGUGGUCACAGUCCAGUACCGUCUUGGAAUCUUUGGCUUCCUCAGCACUGGAGACAAACACAUGCCUGGCAACCAGGGCUUGCUAGAUGUGGUGGCUGCUCUACGAUGGGUGCAAGGAAAUAUAUCCCCCUUUGGGGGUGAUCCCAACUCUGUCACCAUCUUUGGUAACUCUGCUGGCUCCUUCAUUGUCUCUGCCCUGGUCCUGUCUCCAAUGUCCUCAGGACUCUUCCACAAAGCCAUAUCCCAGAGUGGGGUUGUCACCAUGAAGCAAAUGAGGGAAACUAACCCCUGGCCAGAAAUUCAGAACUUUGCAGAAUCCUUGGGCUGCAGCUCUGACUCCUCUGCUGAGCUGGUGCAGUGCCUACUGCAGAAGGAAGGAGAAGAGUUGCUCCUUAACAAGGAACGUGUGAAGAUUACCUAUACAGUUGAUGGCUCUUUCUUCCCCAAAAACCCUGAGCAGCUCCUCAGUGAGAGGCAAUUCCCCACUGUGCCCUACCUUAUAGGGGUCAACAAUCAUGAAUGUGGCUGGCUCCUCCUCAAGGUCUGGAAUAUUUUGGAUAAGGUGGAACACUUGAGCCGGGAGGACGUGCUAGAGAUGUCGAGGCCCUACUUGACUGCUAUGGACGUGCCCCCUGAGAUGAUGUCCAUUGUCAUAGAUGAAUACCUAGACAAUGACACAGAUGCACAAGCCACAAGGUAUGCCCUGCAAGAGUUGCUGGGUGAUGUCAUGUUCGUCAUUCCCACCUUGAUCUUCUCAAGAAACAUCCGAGAUGCUGGAUGCCCCGUCUUUUUGUAUGAGUUCCAACAUCCACCCAGUUCUUUUUCGAAGUUCAAGCCAGCCUGGGUGAAGGCCGACCAUGGGUCCGAGAGUGCCUUUGUUUUGGGGGGUCCUUUCCUCACAGAUGAGAGCUCUCUCCUGGCCUUCCCAGAGGCCACAGAAGAGGAGAAGCAGCUGAGCCUGACCAUGAUGGCCCAAUGGAGCCAGUUUGCCCACACAGGGGACCCCAACAGCAAGGGGCUGCCUCAUUGGCCCCAAUUAGCCCAGCUGGAGCAAUACUUGGAGAUUGACCUGGUACCACGGAUCGGGAUGAAACUGAAGGAGGCCCGGCUACAGUUCUGGACAGAGACACUGCCUAGAAAAAUCCAACAGUGGCACCAACAGCAGACGAUCAGGAAGGCCCCAGAGGAACUCUGAGGCAGGGCCUAUCUGGGCCUCCCUGACUGGGCCACCCCAAAGGAUGGCAGAAUCCUAGUGGGGUAGCCUCCUUCUGUUCCUGCCAGAGACUUUAACCUAGACCAGGCUGAAGUGAGCUCAUGUCCCAUAAAGCAUCAGCCACUGCAGGAGGAGUACAGUGUUUUUCUGAUGUCACCAAACUGCUUUCUACCUCAGGACCUUUGCACAAGCUCAUCCUGCUCAUUCUUCAAGUUCUCCAAAGGAUCUACUCCCCCUAAGAGGGCUUCUCUGACUUCUCUAGUCAUGUGUACCCAUUACAGCACAGUCUUUCAUGAGCUCA